AACACUGGGCCGCCCAAUAGCGCGCCAGUAAAACACCAACUGUUAAAAGUUGCAAUCAAUACGGUACAUCAGGGAGGAAUGACGGGACAGUGAUACGUGGCAAGACAAGGAACAAACAAGUUGUGAGAAUUAACACCAAGCGUGUAGGAUGAAGAUUUACAAGUUUCAGAUCAUAACAUUCCUGUCCCUGUGCCUGCUGACAAUGGGAGGAAUGGGCAUCACCAACGUCCUAGGGAACAUCUUAGGACCGGAUGGCAAAACUGACAAGGACACCCGAGACAAGUCCUGCAUCAGCGACGCGUGUAAAUGUUUCCAAGGGCCUGCGGGGGCACCAGGGGUACCUGGUGUGCCUGGGAUGCAUGGAUCAAGGGGAAGAGACGGAUCAAAGGGAGAGAGGGGGGAAUUCGGACAGCCUGGUUUACCAGGUGACGUAGGUGGACCUGGUCAGGCCGGCAUCCGCGGCAAGAAGGGAAACAAGGGUGACAAAGGCGAUGCUGGUGCGCAAGGCUACAUGGGCAACAAAGGGGAACCUGGCAACUCUGGUUACAACGGCCUCAAGGGGGCCAAGGGAGAGCCUGGGCAGAGUGCAGGUGCAAAGAUCGCCUUCUCCGCUAGUAGAGGAAAGAAAUUAGGACCAGAACCUCAGGAUACUGUUGUAGAAUUUGAUAAGAUUUUUUCAAAUGUCGGUGACGGAUUCGAUGUGCACACGUCGCAUUUCGUUUGCCGUCAUAACGGAACUUAUAUUUUCAUGACGCAUAUUCUUGGCCAGGAUACGCGGGAUGCUUUCGCAUGGAUUAUGGUAAAUAAGAAUCAUCAGUUACCGCUGCAUGGAGAUGGACGUGCGGGGUACGGGACUGGAAGUAACACGAUCAUUCUUCACCUCAAUGUGGACGAUCAUGUCUGGAUACAGCUGAAUAAGAAUUCAGCACUUUUGAACGAUUAUUCCACUUUUUCUGGGUAUCUAAUUUUUGAGGAUUAGCUAGGGAAUAUGAUAGUUUGUAUUGUUGAAACGAGAUUUGGGGAUAAAUCAUUAAAUCCUGAAUGAAAACAUAAUAAAAAGAGGCAAUAAAGUGAAAAACAGGACAAUGCGUUGAAAUCCUAAAAUCUUGUUUAGUGUCGAUGGAAUUUCUAUAGAAACAAGAAACACAGAAUAGGAAGUAAAUGGAAUUUAAGCUAUUAUGUGUAUUUGUGGACAUGGAGCAUCAAAUAUCUACAAGAAUUUAUAAACUUUGGCCAGCACUAUCUGUACAGCACUUUUUUCAAAUGUGUUGUGUGAAUUCUAGUAUUUUAAAGGAAUAUGUUGUCGUACAUGUGUCAUUCAGUCUUUUUCAAUCAAAAUUAUAUACAUAUUCUCGUCGUCGUGCUAUGAAGUCAGUGUAUGUAAAUUUGUAACACAACAGAAUGAUUCACCUCCACGAUGUCAUUCAAAACUGCAACUAAGCAGGUGAAAAGCUCGCUGGACAGCUUGGCAAAGAGAUAGAAAUAGGACACCAUUGAAUAAAAGGUGAUAAUGGACGUGGAAGGAGGACACUUCAUUGUGUUUGUAUAGCUACAUUGUGGUAACAGAAUCAAGUGCGUCUCGUUGGGUCACUUUCUGACCCGACUCUGGGGUAGUCACGCAAGGGAUGGGAGUAUGGAGUAGCCCAGAGCAGAGGGUGAUUUCUAUUGCAUCCUGCAGUUUUUAUUUAUGAAAGAAUCUCGUGCAAGAAUUUUAUGCGACACGUAUGAUUCUUUGACUCUUGGUAUGCAAAUCAAACCUUCAUGAAGAUUUCUUUUGUACAGAAUGUUGCCUUGCAAUAAUCAUGUGUCAGUGUGGAAAAAAUAAAAAUCUUUUUAAAAAGGAA